AUGGGUGGCACUCACAGGCGGGGAUGGGUGGCACUCACAGGCGGGGAUGGGUGGCACUCACAGGCGGGGAUGGGUGGCACUCACAGGCGGGGAUGGGUGGCACUCACAGGCGGGGAUGGGUGGCACUCACAGGCGGGGAUGGGUGGCACUCACAGGCGGGGAUGGGUGGCACUCACAGGCGGGGAUGGGUGGCACUCACAGGCGGGGAUGGGUGGCACUCACAGGCGGGGAUGGGUGGCACUCACAGGCGGGGAUGGGUGGCACUCACAGGCGGGGAUGGGUGGCACUCACAGGCGGGGAUGGGUGGCACUCACAGGCGGGGAUGGGUGGCACUCACAGGCGGGGAUGGGUGGCACUCACAGGCGGGGAUGGGUGGCACUCACAGGCGGGGAUGGGUGGCACUCACAGGCGGGGAUGGGUGGCACUCACAGGCGGGGAUGGGUGGCACUCACAGGCGGGGAUGGGUGGCACUCACAGGCGGGGAUGGGUGGCACUCACAGGCGGGGAUGGGUGGCACUCACAGGCGGGGAUGGGUGGCACUCACAGGCGGGGAUGGGUGGCACUCACAGGCGGGGAUGGGUGGCACUCACAGGCGGGGAUGGGUGGCACUCACAGGCGGGGAUGGGUGGCACUCACAGGCGGGGAUGGGUGGCACUCACAGGCGGGGAUGGGUGGCACUCACAGGCGGGGAUGGGUGGCACUCACAGGCGGGGAUGGGUGGCACUCACAGGCGGGGAUGGGUGGCACUCACAGGCGGGGAUGGGUGGCACUCACAGGCGGGGAUGGGUGGCACUCACAGGCGGGGAUGGGUGGCACUCACAGGCGGGGAUGGGUGGCACUCACAGGCGGGGAUGGGUGGCACUCACAGGCGGGGAUGGGUGGCACUCACAGGCGGGGAUGGGUGGCACUCACAGGCGGGGAUGGGUGGCACUCACAGGCGGGGAUGGGUGGCACUCACAGGCGGGGAUGGGUGGCACUCACAGGCGGGGAUGGGUGGCACUCACAGGCGGGGAUGGGUGGCACUCACAGGCGGGGAUGGGUGGCACUCACAGGCGGGGAUGGGUGGCACUCACAGGCGGGGAUGGGUGGCACUCACAGGCGGGGAUGGGUGGCACUCACAGGCGGGGAUGGGUGGCACUCACAGGCGGGGAUGGGUGGCACUCACAGGCGGGGAUGGGUGGCACUCACAGGCGGGGAUGGGUGGCACUCACAGGCGGGGAUGGGUGGCACUCACAGGCGGGGAUGGGUGGCACUCACAGGCGGGGAUGGGUGGCACUCACAGGCGGGGAUGGGUGGCACUCACAGGCGGGGAUGGGUGGCACUCACAGGCGGGGAUGGGUGGCACUCACAGGCGGGGAUGGGUGGCACUCACAGGCGGGGAUGGGUGGCACUCACAGGCGGGGAUGGGUGGCACUCACAGGCGGGGAUGGGUGGCACUCACAGGCGGGGAUGGGUGGCACUCACAGGCGGGGAUGGGUGGCACUCACAGGCGGGGAUGGGUGGCACUCACAGGCGGGGAUGGGUGGCACUCACAGGCGGGGAUGGGUGGCACUCACAGGCGGGGAUGGGUGGCACUCACAGGCGGGGAUGGGUGGCACUCACAGGCGGGGAUGGGUGGCACUCACAGGCGGGGAUGGGUGGCACUCACAGGCGGGGAUGGGUGGCACUCACAGGCGGGGAUGGGUGGCACUCACAGGCGGGGAUGGGUGGCACUCACAGGCGGGGAUGGGUGGCACUCACAGGCGGGGAUGGGUGGCACUCACAGGCGGGGAUGGGUGGCACUCACAGGCGGGGAUGGGUGGCACUCACAGGCGGGGAUGGGUGGCACUCACAGGCGGGGAUGGGUGGCACUCACAGGCGGGGAUGGGUGGCACUCACAGGCGGGGAUGGGUGGCACUCACAGGCGGGGAUGGGUGGCACUCACAGGCGGGGAUGGGUGGCACUCACAGGCGGGGAUGGGUGGCACUCACAGGCGGGGAUGGGUGGCACUCACAGGCGGGGAUGGGUGGCACUCACAGGCGGGGAUGGGUGGCACUCACAGGCGGGGAUGGGUGGCACUCACAGGCGGGGAUGGGUGGCACUCACAGGCGGGGAUGGGUGGCACUCACAGGCGGGGAUGGGUGGCACUCACAGGCGGGGAUGGGUGGCACUCACAGGCGGGGAUGGGUGGCACUCACAGGCGGGGAUGGGUGGCACUCACAGGCGGGGAUGGGUGGCACUCACAGGCGGGGAUGGGUGGCACUCACAGGCGGGGAUGGGUGGCACUCACAGGCGGGGAUGGGUGGCACUCACAGGCGGGGAUGGGUGGCACUCACAGGCGGGGAUGGGUGGCACUCACAGGCGGGGAUGGGUGGCACUCACAGGCGGGGAUGGGUGGCACUCACAGGCGGGGAUGGGUGGCACUCACAGGCGGGGAUGGGUGGCACUCACAGGCGGGGAUGGGUGGCACUCACAGGCGGGGAUGGGUGGCACUCACAGGCGGGGAUGGGUGGCACUCACAGGCGGGGAUGGGUGGCACUCACAGGCGGGGAUGGGUGGCACUCACAGGCGGGGAUGGGUGGCACUCACAGGCGGGGAUGGGUGGCACUCACAGGCGGGGAUGGGUGGCACUCACAGGCGGGGAUGGGUGGCACUCACAGGCGGGGAUGGGUGGCACUCACAGGUUUGCACCCUCAAACAUCGGCAGCGGCCCUUCCAGCCGAUUCUCCAUGA